AUGGGUUUCACCGAUCUCGUCUCCGAAGCAGGCCUGACUCUCCUGAACAACUAUGUCAGGACCCGCAGCUACAUCGUUGGCUACUCCCCAUCGCAGGCCGAUGUAAAGGUCUACCAGCAGAUCAAGCAGAUCCCUGCUCCCGAGAAGUACCCAUACGCAUGGAGGUGGUACAACCACAUGCUCACCUUCGAGGCCGAGUUCGACUCCCUCCCCGGUGACCCAACCAAGGACUUCACUGCCUACGGCCCCGAGUCCUCCGAGCUCACCCUCAACCCCGCCAAGGCCCCUGAGAAGGAGGCCGACGACGACGACGACGAGGUCGACCUGUUCGGCUCCGACGACGAGGAGGAGGACGCUGAGGCUGCCCGCAUCAAGGAGGAGCGCCUUGCUGAGUACAACAAGAAGAAGGCCGGCAAGGUCAAGCCUGCUGCCAAGUCCAUCGUCACCCUUGACGUCAAGCCAUGGGAUGACGAGACAAACAUGGACGAGCUCAAGGCGAAUGUUCUUUCCAUCGAGAAGGACGGUCUCGUCUGGGGUGCCUCCAAGUUGGUCGCUGUCGGUUUCGGUAUCAAGAAGCUCCAGAUCAACUUGGUCGUCGAGGACGACAAGGUCUCGCUGGACGAGCUCCAGCAACAGAUCGAAGAGUUCGAGGACCACGUCCAGUCCACCGACAUUGUCGCCAUGCAGAAGUUGUAG